AUGGCUAGUUCCCUGAGUGAGUUAACUUUUGAGUUUUGGAUUAAUAUAGGUAAAGAGUUGCAGUUGAGUGGCCAGGAAUUAAUGAAUUUUGCUGAUACCAAAUUUAAGGAAAGACUGAGCAUAGAAAAUAAAAGGAUAGAACGAGAAGAGAGGAAAGAAAAGGAGAAACGUGAAAGGGAGGAUAGAUUAUUAGAUAGAAACAGUAGGAAAGAAGAGGAGGACAGGAAACUAGAAUAUGAAAGACUUGAAUUAGAAAAUAAAAAGUUAAGUAGCCUCCAUAGUGUUAGUCCACAGUCUAUUAAUGCUCAGGAUAGUUUCUCCGUUGCUAUUCCUAAAUUGAAACUGUAUGAAAGUGGUGAAGACAUUACAGCUUAUCUGAUAAGGUUUGAAAAUUUAGCAAAGCUGAGUGGAUGGCCUAAGGAAUUAUGGGCACCUAGGUUAGCUCUUUUAUUUUCGGGUGAUGCACUUAAUGUUUACUCUACUUUACCUGAUGAAGUUUGCAAGGAUUAUGAUAAAUUAAAAGAUGCUAUUUUGAAAGCAUUUCGUAAAACUACAGAACAGUAUCGUAGAGAAUUUAGGUAUGCUAAAUUUAAAGAUGAAAAUUUUAUGCAGUAUCUGACUAACCUUUACCGCCUCUUUGACUUUUGGAUAGAUAGUGCUAAAAUUGACAAGAAUUAUGACAGUCUGAGAGAUUUCAUUGUAACCGACCAAUUUAUGUCUGCCAUUCCUAAAUAUAUUAGGUUAUUCCUUAUGGAACAAGGUUUUACUAAUGCUACAGAAUUGGCAAGAAAGGCUGAUUUAUAUUGUGGAGCUCAUGAUUGCUAUCCUAACAGAACUAGAGACAAAAAUAGCAAUAAAUCUUCGAGUAAGAAAGUCCAAAUUGAACAAAAACCAGAAACUAAAGCUACCUUCAUUCAAACUAAAGAUAAAAUUCAAAUGAAGAAUCCAAUUUGCUUCACUUGUGGUGACCGUGGACAUUAUGCUAAAAAUUGUCCCAAGUCUCCCAAAGCAGAGGAGGUAAUUAAGAGGUGUUUAACAGGUAAUGAUCGUAAUCUUGGCCCCUUCUGUGCAGGUAAAGUUAAUGGACUUAAUGUUUCUACAAUUUUGAGAGAUACAGGUUGUACUUGCAUCAUGGUGUCAGACAAAAUUUUUCCAAAUAUCCAACCUGAUAAACUACCUAAAUGUACAGUUUCUGAUUACCUAGGGCGAAAGAAUGAUUUUCCUGUUACUAGAGCGUUUCUUGAUUGUCAAUUUUUUAAGGGGUGGACAGAUGUAGUAGUUGCACCUAUUGAUUGUUGUUCGGUCAUGAUUGGUAAUGUUGAAGGAGCUACUAUGCCAGAUUCUAAAGAUACUUUCCAUGCUGUGAGAGAAAAGUUCGAUUCAGUAUCUGUAGUCACCAGAUCUAAGUCUAGUAAGGAAUCUUAA